UUCAUCGAAAAGUUUCACCCAAUAAUCACAUUGAUAGAAAAAUAUGUUAUUGAUUGUCUUCUGAUUAAGAAUGAUGGAAUCAUGCAAGGGAGUUUUGGCUGGUACUAAGGAAGUAGCAGUCAAGAGACUUAGUAAGGGUUCUGUUCAAGGCAUGGAGGAGUUCAAAAAUGAAGUGGUCUUAAUUGCAAAACUGCAGCACAAGAACCUAGUUAAGCUUAUUGGUUGCUGUAUUCAUGAAGAUGAGAGGUUGUUGGUUUAUGAGUACUUGCCCAACAAAAGCUUGGAUUACUUCCUAUUUGGUACAUUCAAUUGUCAAUUUGUCAUAUUUGUUAAUAACCGGCAAAUAAAUGUGUAUCUGCCUUGUGAUAUGCCUUGUUUCAUGUUAUUCCUAUCAGACCCAUCAAAAAAAUCAGUGCUUCAGUGGCCGAUAAGGUUCAAGAUAAUCCAGGGGGUUGCUAGAGGAAUCAUGUAUCUCCAUCAGGACUCUAGAGUGACUAUAAUUCAUAGAGAUCUAAAAGCAAGCAAUAUCUUGUUAGAUAAAGAGAUGAGCCCUAAGAUAUCAGAUUUUGGCAUGGCUAGGAUAUUCUUUGGUGAGCAGCUCCAAGCAAAUACUAACCGAGUUGUAGGGACAUACGGUUACAUGGCUCCUGAAUAUGUGAUGGAAGGUUCAUUUUCGGUCAAAUCUGACACCUACAGCUUUGGUGUUCUACUGCUGGAGACUGUAAGUGGAUUAAAGAUUAGCUCACCACAUCUCAUGGAUUUCCCUAACCUUAUAGCAUAUGUAAGUAUUGUGAUAUGCUAAAAAUUCAGAACUAAAUACCUAGAGAAAAUGCAUAUGAGGUCACUAUGAAACUGUAUGUGUCUAUUCAGGCAUGGAACUUAUGGGAAGAUGGGGAAUUAGAACAUUUGGUGGACUCAUUUGUUGUGGACAGUAGUUGCCCCAUUGAUGAAGUUUCGCGAUGCGUCCAAAUAGGAUUCUUGUGUGUACAAGACAAUCCAAGCUCCAGGCCCUUCAUGGCAGAGGUUGUGUCCAUGCUAGAAAACAGAACUACGCCACUUCCAACACCGAAGCAACCUUCAUAUUUUGCGCAAAGGAGUUACGAGACCGGAAAGGCUGGAGACCACAGGGAGGUCUCCACUUAUGAUAUG